AUGAUUAGAAAUUUUUUUUCAAAAAAUAAUAUUAUAACUUCAAUAUCUUCCCAUACAAAUUCACCAAUUCAAACAGAAAAAAUUAUUUUUAAUAAAACUAUAAUAUUUAAUAAUAAUAAUAAUAAUAAUAAUGAUAAUAAUAAUAAUAGUAGAACAUUUUUUACAAAUCCACAAUUUCAAAAUAAAAAGUAUGAAAUAUUUCAAUCACUAUCAAAACCACAUUCUUUAAAGGAUACAUAUAAGAUAUUAAGUGAAAUUUCAUUAGGAUCACAUAAUAAGGCAGCAAAUAUUAGGAUAUCAUUUUUUAAUCAAGAAAAAGAGAAAUGUGACAUUAGAGGUGUAAAAUUAUUUAGUGAUAGUAUCAAUAGUUAUUUUAGUGUUAAUGAUAAUAGUAGUAUCUGUAGUGAAGGUUGGUUAGUUAUAAUUGGUGGUAGAGGACCAUCUCAAUGGAAUAACAUAUCAUUAUCAUUAUAUUUAGCAACCAUUCUAUCACAAAAACCAUUAACAAAUUUUGAUGUCAUUAUAUUUCCUGUUGAAAAUCCAAUUCCAAUUCCAAAUGAUACUCAUAAUAAUAAUCAAAAACGACAACCAUUAAUGAUGUUGGAAAAUACAAUUUCACAACAUCAAUCUUUAAACAAUUCAAAUUUCUCUUCAAUAAAUCAACCACAACCAUUAUUUGAUAAUUAUACAAAAAGUAAUAAUAAAAGCAAUGCAUUAAAUGAUUGGUUAAUGAAAUCUAAAAAAGAAUUUACACAAUUAAAAAUUGAUUCUAUAGAAAAUAAAAUUUCACUAACUACAAAUAAAAUAUUACCACAACAUGGAGGACUAUUUGAUAUUUAUGAAACAAAUCCUAAUAAUCAAUCAAUAAAAUUUUUUAAUGAAAAUAAUGAUAAUAAUAAUAUAAAUAUUAAUAAUAGCAUAUUUAAUGGAAAUCAAUUUUUAAAUAAUGUAGAUUGUCCACCAAAUUUUAUACUGAAUUUGAAGGAUUUAAAUUUUCAUCAUUCUUUUAAUAUUGAUCAAUUACAUUCAUUUGGUUUAAAUAUUUCAAAACAAAUUAAAAAUAUUGAUGACACUUUUGAUAAAAAAAGAUUUUCACCAAUUCAAUUUUAA